AUGCAGAACGCAGAAGAACUAACGAAUCCGACCGUUGAGGAGAAAUCAGAUCGGUUGGAUCUCAUCUAUGAUGUUCGCGACAAAUUGGUAAUCCCAGUAGGACCCAGGUUUCAGGCUGAUGUUCCAGAUUGGGCUGGCUCUCAGAAUGAGGGUAAAUGCAAGUAUAAAGAGGACGAAUCGGAUACUUCUAAAUGGCUUGGUACACCGGUAUGGCCAACAGACAACAACCUAGAAAACAAGGAAGUUAACGAGGAGUUGAUUGGGAAAGGGAGAACCGAAUCUUGUCCUUGUGAGUCCCCUGGAUCUGUUGAAUGUGUUAAAACUCAUGUUAAAGAAGAAAGGAUGAAGAUUAAGUCUGAACUGGGGACAGCCUUUAAUGCCUGGAAUUUUGAUGAGAUGGGAGGAGAAGUUUCCAACUUGUGGAAUGCUGAGGAACAAGAAAAGUUCAGCUCCCUCGUUAAGAUGAAUCGGAUAUCUAAAAGUAAAAGCUUCUUGAAACCAGCAUUAGCAUCUUUUCCUUGCAAGAAUAGGAAAAACAUCAUCGACUAUUACUUCAAUGUUCACGUUCCUCAGCGUAUCAGCUCACAGACUAGGUCAGAUUGUAAAGUAAUUGACACUGAUGAUGAGGAGGGGGAAGAGGAGGUCUCUACUGCCAAAGGUUCUCGGAAAAGAAAUCGAACAAAAACAGGUGUCUCCCCUAGUUCUAAAUCUAUAAAGAAAAAGUACCUAACUGGUCGACGAUGA